GUUGUCUCAUUGAGACCGAGCCCUAACUUCGAAAUAAAACUUCUUGUUGUCACGACCGGUCAAUAAAGGGCCAGAACCCCUAGAGAGUUAAAAGGUUCGACCCUUGACCUUGGUAACAACAACAGGAAGGUUUAAAGAAAACGAAAAAAAAUAAAAUAUCAAUAUAAAAAAUUGUUUUAAAAAAAAGGAAAAAAAAUAGAGAUGGGAGGUCCUAAGAUAAAGUAUAGCUUCCUGUUUCUAUGUAUCACUUUUGCUACAAUAAUACCAAGUCUUAUGGCUCAUAUUGGUCACUACGACGAGGUGUGGAGGAGAAGAGCCGAAGAAGCAAAGGAGUAUGCCCGUAAAAUUUAUGAACCACAUCCUGAAAAUGUCACGCUUGCAUUUAACCAAAAACUUCGGGACACGAUGAAGGAAUUAAAGAAAGUAAAAGGUACACAUAAUAAUAGCACAAGGAGGGGUCUAGGGACAAAAAAGUACACUGGACCAUGCAUGGUCACAAAUCCAAUUGAUAAGUGUUGGAGAUGUGAUCCUAAUUGGGCAGACAAUAGGAAAAAAUUAGCAGAUUGUGCAAUGGGAUUUGGAUCUAAGGCCAUUGGUGGCAAAGACGGUGAAUUCUAUGUUGUCACAGAUAAUUCUGAUGAUUAUAAUGAUCCAAAACCCGGAACUCUUCGUCAUGCUGUUAUCCAAAAGGAGCCAUUGUGGAUCAUAUUUAAAAGGGGUAUGAACAUUAGGUUGCACCAGGAGAUGAUCAUGCAGAGUGACAAGACGAUAGAUGCUCGUGGUGUUAAUGUUCACAUUACUAAAGGUGCUGGUAUAACCCUCCAGUACAUCAAGAAUGUGAUCAUCCACGGACUUCACAUUCAUGACAUCGUUGAGGGUAAUGGUGGAAUGGUUCGGGAUGCUGUUGACCAUAUUGGUAUACGUACAAAGAGUGAUGGAGAUGGUAUUUCAAUCUUCGGUGCAUCAAAUAUAUGGAUUGAUCAUGUGUCUAUGCAACGUUGUUAUGAUGGUUUGAUAGAUGCUGUAGAAGGAUCAACAGGUAUCACUAUAUCAAAUGGACAUUUCACUGAUCACAACGAGGUGAUGUUGUUUGGUGCAAGUGAUAGUUCUUCGAUUGAUCAAGUUAUGCAAAUAACAUUAGCUUUCAAUCAUUUUGGAAAGAGAUUGAUACAAAGAAUGCCAAGAUGUCGAUGGGGAUAUAUACAUGUUGUUAACAAUGAUUAUACUCAUUGGAAUAUGUAUGCCAUUGGUGGUAGCAUGCAUCCUACUAUCAUUACACAGGGUAAUCGUUUUAUAGCACCACCAGACAUCUUCAAGAAACAGGUAACAAAAAGGGAGUACAAUCCAGAAUCAGUUUGGAUGCAAUGGACAUGGAGAUCAGAAGGAAAUCUAUUCAUGAAUGGUGCAUACUUCACUGAAUCAGGAGAUCCAGAAUGGUCAAGCAAACACAAAGAUCUUUAUGAUGGAAUAUCAGCAGCUCCAGCAGAAGAUGUCACUUGGAUGACUAGAUUUGCAGGUGUACUUGGCUGCAAACCAGGAAAACCUUGUUAGAUCACUAAUUCGAGCUCUUCUUUUUUUGUAUCAGAUCACCAACUGAAAAUUCAUUUUUUCCUCUCACUAAAUUAUAACCCUUCGUUUUUCUUUUUCUCCUCAAUGAAGCCUUAACUUUGUACAUUAUUUUUCUAUGUACCUUCAAACAAUUAGUUUCAAAUAACAACAGAUAGCUCUUUAU